AUGUGGCUGCUGGAGAAUGAGGAGGCUUUUCAAGGCCGUCGGCUGUGGCUGCGGCCAGGAAAGACCUACCUGUUUGGACGUACAGUGGCUGAGGCCGGCCAAUUGGCAAUUUCUCACAAUACAAUCUCUCGCAAACAUCUCACCAUCACCAUCGACACGGUUGCCGACGGCGAUGCGCUGCAUCCAUCUCGGCGCUCCAAGAUUACAAUCGAAGACCUGGCCACCAAAAUAGGCACCGUGGUCAAUGGGAAGAAGCUAAAGGGCACAAAAUACGUCGUAGAAAAUGGCCAGGAUGUCGAAAUGACAAUGGGAAAGUGUCCAAACAAGUUUCGCCUCGCCUGGACACCAAUCGCAUUCACCUUUUCAUUCUCUAGCAAAGAACUGCAAGCGAAACCGAUCAAUGCCCUUCAAUCUCGAUUCGAGCAACUGGACAUUAAGUUGCUCGUCGACUACAACAUUGACUUUACGACACACGUCGUCGCCAAGAAGCGCAAUACCGCAAAGGGCUUGCAGGCCUUGAUCAAUGGCAAAUUCCUCGUCACCGAGUCUUUUCUUGAUGCAGUCGCGCAGGCUGCAGACUCGGUAGACGAUGGCAAUGGGUCACAAACAUGUGCACUGGAGCAGAAUUUCGACGAAGCGUGGCCAGAUCCUAUGAAGCACCUGCCACCCCGAGGUGGAGAGCCCUUUGAACACCCCGACGACAUAUACACACCAGAUGCAGCCCGAGCGAAUGUUUUUGACGGAUACACAUUCAUUUUCUACGACUCGACGCAGUAUAACAACCUGCUCGCUCCGAUUACGAAUGGAGGAGGCAAAGCAAUGGUUCAAACGGUCAAACCUGGUGAGACUUUGUCGGAUGAAUUCGUCCGAUAUGUCAAAGGUGUCGCUGGAGAAAAGGGCCUCGGAAGCUUUGAUGAUGGAAGCGAAGGUAAAGGUGUCGUGGUCGUGCGAUAUUUGCCCACAAAGGGCGACCAUGUGCAAUGGUACACAGAGUUCAUUACAGCAGUCUCGCUGCGGCUAGAUCAUCGACCAAUCGAACAGAACGAGUUCCUGGAAGCAAUCCUGAUCAAGGAUGCCAACAUGCUGCGCCGGCCCCUAGAGGUAGAAGAGCAAUCCGGUACAUCGUUGAUUCCAUCGCAAGCGCCUCCCUCCGAGGCAUCUUCCGCUCCUGCGGUCGAGCCAGAGGCAAGUACAAGACGACCUCGGAUGAGGAAGCCCGUGAAGAGGCGCUUCAUGGGCUUUGAUGAUGGCUCGGAUAUUGAAAUGGACGAUACAAAACCGCCAGCGGUAGAAACGACUCAGCCAAACGAAGCUGUCGAAGAAGAUGGACUGUUUGUAUCUCAAGAACCCGAUCGCCCCCCCGAGCAUCACUCGAAUGCAACACAAAAGAGAGCCGCAUCGCCGGAAGACGAUCUGAUGCAAGGGAUGGCACCGGCCGCCGCUAGAUUCAAGAGACAAAAGAUUGCCAUGGGUAGCGACUUUGCCGCGGAAACUCCACCUCCACCCCCACCAGAAGCUACAAAGCCAAUCAAGAAGGAAAAGAAAGAGUUGAAUAUUCUCGCCGAAGCCGCAAGACACCGUCAGGAGCAAGAGGCUCGUGCAAGAGCUGAGCAGGAGGAUCUUGCACAGUUGCCUGAUGAUGUUGAUUUGGCGGAAAUUCGGCGACUCAAUAUUGUUGAGGAGAUGGAGCUCCGCAAACCAGAGAGCACCAUGCGCACCAGAGACCAAGAUGUUGCCGACGGCCGCUGGAAUCCGAAAUGGAACGGCGUAAAAAACUUUAAAAAGUUUCGACGUCGUGGCGAAAUAGCUGGCAGACAACCCGCGCGAACAAUCAUUACGGUCGAUGAGGUGCAGAGCAAGAAAUUUGGCGUGGGAGACAACUACUGGCUCGAGGAUGAAACAGCACCGCGCAUCAACUCGGGCAGCCGGCUGCAGUCGGCGCCGCGAGGUGACUCGCUGCCGCCCAUUUCGCGACUAUCCAGCGGCGUGGGCCGCGACGCGCCUGCAGACCAAAACGAGGACAGCGAUGCUGCAAAUCAGGAGGAGGAAGAAGAAGAAGAAGAAGAAGACGAAGAAGAUUCCCAGCCACCUCGCGGUUCCUAUGGCCGGAGAACGGGCGGCAUCCAGGCAAGUGCCAGCUCACGAGGCAGCCGUAGCCAGUCGUCGGUGCAGACGUCGCAGAACUUGGGGAAAAGAGCGGCACCUAGCGCGUUGUCUGGGCAGUCGUCGAAGCGGCAACGGCCGCCGCCGCAGCUGAUUCAAGUGGACGACAGUGAAGAUGACAGUGACGAUGAGCCCAAUUUUAGGUUUGGGAGGAGACGAUGA